GUUUGUGAUGGUAAAAAACCACAACUACCAGUGUGCUGGGGCGCCUGAACACGACAGCAUUUACAUGCCACUUCAGAUCUACGUGUACCAGUUCGCUCUUCUCUUCAUCACCCCAGUCGUUAUUGUCUUCAUCUGUAACAUUGGCGUGCUAAUUCGUAUAUUCAGCGUGGAGAAGGCAACCCAUAACGAAGACUCUUCGUCAACGCGGCUGACAG